UGGUUCAUAGAGUUUUAGUGCACCAUACGUAGUAGACGUGUUGCGUAGGGCAUUCACCCGGAUCUUCCCAGUCGCCUAGAAUCACCUGUUGGCAUCCUCUUAGGUCUCGUAGAGCCGCCGUUGGUUGGAGUUUGCAGGUAGAGGAAUUUUAGAUCGCGUCACGUCUCGCGUCGCGCGUAUACCCCGAACUCAAUCGCUCCCGUCCAUAUCUCGCUUCAAGCGUCCUUCUCCUCACCUCUGCCGUGUCCGCCGGUGCCCUCAAUCAUCGCCAUCCGCCUUCGCUAAUCCCCGUCUCAAGCGCCGCGCCUGAAGCCACGUCAGCGACGUCAGCCAGCAAACCCUAUCCACGUCACCAUGCCUGACGAACCCGGGUCUCCCGAGAGCAAUCCUGAGGAUAUCGAGGGGGGAACGUCGGGGCAUGGCGGCGGCGAGGGGGGCUCGUCGUCCGUUCGGGAGCAGGACCGCUUUCUGCCUAUCGCGAACAUCAGUCGGAUUAUGAAGAAAGCGCUGCCGCAGAACGCCAAGAUCGCUAAGGACGCCAAGGAGACGGUUCAGGAGUGCGUCUCCGAGUUUAUCAGUUUCAUUACCAGCGAGGCGAGCGACAAGUGCCAGCGCGAGAAGCGCAAGACGAUCAACGGCGACGAUCUGCUGUGGGCAAUGAGCACGCUGGGAUUCGAGGACUAUGUGGAGCCGCUCAAAGUGUACCUGCACAGAUACCGCGAGCAGGGCGAAGGGGCCACCAAGGACGGCAAGCCGCAGCCCUCUCCAGGAGGGUCAGCGCAGCAGCCAUCGCUCCCCUCGUCUCUCCCGCAGUCCAACGCCCAGAUGCCAUCGUCGUCAGCGUACCCAUCAGGAGCCGCCGUGCCGUACAUGCAGCCCCAGAUGAUGCCUCCCGGUGGUUACCAGAUGUAGCAUGCUUCGAUAACGAUCCAAGCCCUGCACACUACCCUCGUUUCUCCCUCUCCCCCAUGCCCUCGCUCUCCUCCCCCACCCCUCCCUCCUCUCCCUCCAUUCCCUCCCCUCUUAAUCGUCCCACGUCCUCCUUCAUUACCUCUCCGUGCUCUCCUCCUUCACUCCCGCCGCUCCUUCCUCUCCCUCCUCUCCCCCUCGCCCUCCUCCCCCUCCUCCCCUUCCUCUCGCCUUCCACCCGGGGUGCAUGCAUGGCCAUCAGCAGUUUUUGCAGCAGCCUUAAACCUGCACUUACUGCACUGCACUGCACUGCUCUGCUGUUACAAACGAGCCAUCUGCUGCACAUCUUACACCGCCUUACGCCAAUUUUCGUUCAGUGCCCCUGGAGUUCUAAAUUACUGUUAUGGCACCCUAAUUCGCACCAGUUACGGAUCUUCAAGCGCGGUAUUUUGUCAAAAAGGCAUCCGUCCUCUGUAGUGCUGCAUCUUCUCCUUAACCCAGGUCUGCAAUAUUGGUGCCUUGCCUGCCUCCUUUGUAUGGGUUCCCUGAAUAGUUGCACAGCUUACUAGUGUUGGUCCCCCCUCUGCAGUUCAAGGUCUUUUGGCUAACCACCUUACCAUACAUAUACAUGUACUGAAGCCUUAAACAUUGGUGAUGUGUCACUACUUGCACCAUCACUUACCUACAUGAUGUCAAACAUAUUUGUGAGAAAUGUUAAGUACCGUAAUCCCCCGUAUAUAAGACCCGCCGAAAUAGUCAGCCCACGGGUGGCUUAUGCGGGGGAUAGCUUAUGAUAUGACGCAUUUUUGAGAGUACCCGCUUUUUUGGGUUUGCAUUUUACAUAACAC